CUCGUGGAUGUAGCGUUCCGCCUGACGUUUAUUUUGAAAAUCUCAUACGGGAAGUCAUUUCCUUCUGUUUAGCCCGUUGACACUUCGUACAUUUGUUAAUGGGGGGAAAAGCUCCAUUCAUUCAGUAAAACGCGGACAACGCUUGGUCGAGUCUGACUCUAAACUUGUGUUGAAAUGUUGGGAGGAAUGAGGAAGGAGGUGGGGGGCAGUAGCCGCGUUUCAAAGGGGAAGCUGGAUGCGCUCACAAAACAUGGCUCAGUUUGUCUCGUCAGAACUUCGUCCACGGAGACGCGCCGUGCCGUUUACAAGAACCGCUCCCCGCGUGACCGCGGCCGCCGCGCGACACAGCACCGGCGGGCGGCGGAGCUCCAGCGGCUCCGUCGCUGCGGAGAAGAGCGGAAAAGUUGAGCGCCUUCCUCCGGACGCCGCCGGUCUUCCCAGAAAACGGCUCGCCGGAGUGAGUUCGGGGCGGGUUGGACCCGUUAUCUUCGGCAGAAGGGGACUUGAUGCCGUUACGAGGGGUGGAGAAAGACAAGGCCACAGAGGAAUCAGCCCGAGCAGGGAGCUAGCGGCAUCUCGAAGUUGAACGUGCAUUCACUAUGCGGUGGCUGAAUGUAUGCUGGAGAUUCUAAACUGUGAGAGAUGAGGUGGAUCCUCAUAAUCUGGGCGUCGGAGGCCCUUCUGGCUCUCGGUUUGGGAGAAAACGCUGUGGAUGAAGCAAAUAGCUUAUCUUUCCCCGGCUACCAUCUAUGCACCUGGAACAAGACCAGAAUUGUGAGUUUCUUGGUGGUUCAUUCGGUGCCUCACACCGUGACAAAGCCUUGUGGGGGCUGGCUCCUCUGGACGACCUGCACCAUCACCCUGUACACCAUGAAGCAUCAGGUUGAGUACAAGGCAGUAAAGGAACAGGUGACAAGGUGCUGCGAUGGCUAUGAGCAAGUUGGUCGUUACUGUUCCCUGUCUGUGAACAGGAGUGAUGAGUUUACCGCCAAGCCAGGAUGCUGUCCAACUGCAGAUGGAUUGUCUCCCGGUUCUGUGCGCUGUGACUUUGAUUUAGACUGUCCAGGCUGGCAGAAGUGCUGCCAGAGAUGGGGCCAGUUUCUCUGCACCGAUCCCACAAGACCAGAACAGGAUCUGAGGUGUCAAGGAAGCCUCUGGAAUGCAACUGUGACAGUGAAGAUGGAUUACCAGCUACUGUUGUCCAGGGAAAAUGGACUUCUGAAUCUCACAAGAUUAUUACAAGCCAUGAUAACUGGAGCUCUGGAGUCUGAGGCUUCCAUCUUUUAUCUCGAUUCAUGGCCUGUUCAUCCCUACAGAAUUUCCACAUCUCUGCUGAUCCUGAGCAACUCGUCUCUUUCACUGUCCAGCGUUACAGCAAAGCUGCACCUUCUACUUAAACACAUACCGGAGGUGUCGGCUGUUACAGUGCAAGCAGAUGUGGAUGAGUGUGUGCACCCGGCUCUUCAUCGGUGCUCUCUGCAGGCAGACUGUAACAACACAUUGGGCUCUUACCAGUGUGUCUCCCGACAAGAAUAUUUGCAAGAUGACGCUGACAGUCCCCAUAUGAACUGUGCAGGUGACAGCGGGGUGCGGACCACCACCAGGCCCCCGCUGGUGAACUCAACCUUUUCCUGGACUGUUAACAGCACACAGGACCCUUCAGGCGAUGGCACCAUGAGUGGCUUCGUCUCAUUUGAGACCAGCGUGGCUCCAUCUCUGACUAACAGCAGUUCUGUCGCCUAUAAUUCAUCACAUGCUUCACUGGGGACAAGUUCAGCACCGGUUACCAGCAUGAACUCAGCUGCAUCCUCACCUCUACCAGCACCCGCAUGUCGUCCUCCCAACAUCAGGGGCUUGUGGUCUGCUAAUGUCAGUGGAACAUCCAUGUCUGUCUUCUGGUCAGCCCACCCUCAGAGCAACCAGACUUUCCAGAUAACUUUGAGGAAGACCUCAGAUGUCACUGAGCUCUGGGAAACGAAUAUGACAAUGAUGGAGAUGAGGGGACUGCAGCCUGGGGAGCUCUACAACGUUACAGUGACACCUUGUGCUUGUGGAAGGCAAGGGUCCACUGUUCACAUGAUGGUCAAAACUGAUGCUCAGACUCUUGAUGCCUCAACACGACUUACCAACGUCGAGUUCAGCGAAGACCUGAGAAACAGCAGCAGCCUGGCCUACAAAAACCUCAGCGAGACUUUCAUACAGGAGAUCCACCAGUCUCUGUCUCCAGCGCUCAAAGCAAUGGUAGAUUCAGGUCAGGUCAGAAUCAAGAUCCAAAGCUUUUCCCUGGGCAGUGUGGUGGUGAACUUCUCCAUGAUUUUCAACCAAAGUCCAGACCAAGCCAUGGGGAAUGUGUCCUCAGCACUGGUGCGUUCCCUGAUGAACAGCUCCAGAUUUGUUGUGGAUGCAAGCAGUAUAACUAUGAAUGAUUUUGAUGAAUGCACCUCAGGACAAAAUGAUUGUUCUGUCUGGGCUACAUGCACAAACACAUGGGCCUCCUAUACUUGCAUCUGCCUUGAUGGCUUUACGGACAACAACCCGGAAAGACCUGGACGCAACUGUCAAGCAAAUGAUACAGUGGACACAACAUCAGCACCAGGAGUUUCUACUACGAGCCCUACUACACAUGCCCCAACCCCUGCUCAACCUGCCACCACCUCUAAAACUACUAAUCUUAUAUUUGCAACAAUUACAAAUGCUUCUAACAUUGCUAUCCCUGCAGUUACAGCUAAAAACAUCUCAUCAACUACUACUGCUCCAACAACAGUCUACACUGCCCCUGCAAUCAUGGGUACUGCCCAAACAAGCAACAUGUCCCCAACACUGGUCGUAAAUGUUCCGGCAAUGCCCUCUGCAGCCCUGACCAACACCCCGACAUCUACUUUAAUCCCAGCAAUCCCUUUAAAUCAUUCAAUAACACCUGCUGCUCCCAUAACAGCAAAUGUUACUGCCAAUACUACCCAUACAACUCCUUUUAGUCGAGUCAUCUCUUCAGAUGCUCUAUUAACCACUUCAGCCACUGAAGUUGGAACAAGCCUAACAACCCAAUCUACUGCACUAAGAUCCGCCGCUAAUUACUCUUUGACAGGAGCACUUUCAGUCCAUUGCAGAGUAGCUGCAAUCACUGUGACUCUUGCUAAAGCUUUUCUGAUGAAUGCAAACAUCCAGGAGGGAGCUCUGUACUUGGGCAUGCCGGGGUGUGGAGUCAACGGAGCUAAUGCCACCCAUGUUCAGCUGACUGUGGCGUGGGAUGAGUGUGCUACUGGGCUUGUGCAUAACGAAACCGCUUACACGGCGUCUGUGACGCUGUUCAACACCAUGGAUCCGUACACAGCCGAGGGUGGCGCUGUAGAGGUUCCGAGAAUCCGGCUCGAAGUCCCAGUCAUGUGUACUUACAUGAAGAGCAUGCUGGUUUCUGCUGACUUCGGCUCAAUGGGGUAUGACAUGAUCAAAGAUGUGGUCGCGGGUCUGGGGUUGUUCCAGGUGACGGUGCAGCUGAUGAGCGGUGCAGCGCCUCUGCCCCACAACUACAGCCUGUCCCCUGAGCAGGCGGUGGUGGUGGAGGUCAGCCUGAACAGCACCUCAGAACACAUGAAGGUGGUCAUUAACAAAUGCUGGGCCACUCCCACCCCAAACCCCGUGGACUCCAACAGCUACACCUUCCUGGAGAGCAGCUGUCCCCUGAACAUGUACACUGAAGUCUUGAUGAAUGGCAACUCCACCACCUCCCGGGCAUCUGUCCGGAUAUUCUCCUUUGUCAACCUGAAAGUGGUCUAUCUGCACUGCCAGGUCCAGUUCUGUGUCCAGACUGGAUCGGAUACCUGUGUUCCAAACUGUUUGCAAAGAACGGCUCGGACUGGGAACACGUUCGGAACAAGUUUUGGAUCAUCUGGUCCUAUACUUAAAUCAGAUGAAGAGUCCCUGGAGGAAACGUUCGACACAAUUCACAUAGUUGGCUUCUCCUGCCUUGGAGUCGGCCUGUUUCUCUUCCUCAUCGUGGGAUUUCUCUGCGUUUUUUACUGCCAGAGGAACCGCAUCGGAAACUACAACUUCAACGUCCAACCCAAACAGGAGAACUUCACCUACCUCGUUUAUGACACUUAGGGAGAGCAGCACAAAGCUAAGCGUGGCUAUUACAGAACGCCGCCACUAGGUGUCAGUGUUGUAAUUAGGUCAGCGCUCACUUUGCAUGCAAAAACAUUUCUGUUCCCCUUUACUGCGCUAAAUAUGUUCAAGCUAGAGAAAAAUGUUUAUUUUUGAAACGUUACUUAUACUAAAAUUGAAAUUUAGAUUGCCUUAGAUUAGAUUUAAAUGCAACCUAAUGCUUUGCUAAUGUUGACCAGAUUUCCACGGAAAAUUGGCCCUUAUGAAGUUUGGAAUGUACUGAUUAAAAUGUAUUAGGAGGAAGAUUAUAAAGUUAUCAGCAUAAAAACUAAAUGCUAAAUGCUUGUUAAACAAAUAUGCCAUCUUCAGUUUAACUUCUCUUUCAGAUCUUUGCAUAAACUGUAAUGUUCAUAUACAACUAUAGUAGGUAUCUAAGUAUACAAAAAUAUUUUACUAUUAGCUAUGCAAAAUAUUAACAUUAAUCUGUGCUGCCUGAGGAGUUGAAAUAAAAUUAUGACUGAUUUAAUUAGCU